UGAAGAACUUCUCGCUGAGGAGGGGGGUGGAGCCUGCAGGCAGUGGCGAUGUCAAAGCGAGGAGCAGGUGGGCGGGGGAAGGGAGAGCGCUCUGAUGCUAUGGCGACACUUCAAGCAGCCAAUGAGGACCUGCGAGCUAAACUAACGGACAUUCAGAUUGAACUACAACAGGAAAAGUACAAGUUCAGCCGUUUAGAAAGAGAGAAGAAUCAGGAACUGAAGGCAGAGCAUCAUCGAGCAACGGUGGCUGUGACCGAGUUGAAGACCAAGCUUCAUGAGGAGAAGCAGAAGGAGUUGGCUGUUACCAGGGAAACAUUACUACGGCAACAUGAGAUGGAGCUAAUGAGAGUAAUUAAGAUAAAAGAUGGAGAGAUUCAGCGUCUCAAUGGUCUUCUGCUGUCUAUAAGAGAUGGCUCCAUGGAUAAGAUGAGAAGUGCCCUGCUGGCAGAGGUGGAAGAAGCAAGGAAAAGCUGGGAGUCAGAGCGUUGUCGCCUCCAGCAGGAGAUCCAGGACAUGCGAGGUGCAAAGAGGAGUGCAGAGGAGGCUCUGGUAUCGGCUCAACAGGAGUGCCAGACCACAGUUGCCGAGUUUCGAACAGCUCACCACCAGCACCAGGAAGAAUUGAACCGGACCAAGAAAGACUGUGAGAGGGAGAUCCGCAGACUGAUGGAUGAGAUAAAGCUGAAGGACAGAGCUGUUAGUGUGUUGGACAAAGCACUGGGGCUGCAGGCUGGCCACGCCCACCGCCUCCAGCUGCAAACUCAAGCUGCUGAGCAGCAAAUCGCAGCUCUGAGAGAUGCACAGAGGGCAGGGCAAAACCACCCUGAUCACCCCCCUAACCCCACCCCUAACAGCGCUGCUCACAUUUGUCAGGAGGACAGGGACACCCGAAGGUUUCAGCUAAAAAUCGCUGAGCUCAGCGCCGUUAUCAGGAAACUGGAGGAUCGCAAUGCUCUGCUGUCCGAGGAACGCAACGAACUGCUGAAGAGGCUGAGGGAGGCUGAGAGUCAAUUCCUUCCUCUUCUGGAUAAGAACAAACGACUGAGUCGGAAGAACGAAGAGCUGGCUCUCACGCUGCGCCGUCUUGACAACAAACUGCGCUUCAUCACCCAGGAGAACUUGGAGAUGGUAACUUUGAGAAGACCGAGCUCACUAAACGAUCUGGACCGCAGUCAUUCUAGUAGUUACCAUGGUUACAGCCAGGAUGCAAGGGAGAUGGAGUUUCUCCGUCUUCAGGUUCUGGAGCAGCAGCACAUCAUAGAUGACUUGUCAAAGGCUCUGGAGACGGCCGGUUACGUAAAGAAUAUUAUCGAAAGAGAUAUGUUACUGAGAUACAGACGACAGGACUCCAUCAGAAGAAAGCGUACGUUCCGAACCUGCAGGGUCAUUGAGACCUUUUAUGGUUAUGAUGAAGAUGCAUCAAUGGACUCAGACGGGUCAUCGUUGUCUUUCCACACAGACAGAACUCCAGACACAGAACCUGAUGAGGCAGGUGUCUGUGAGGAGACGGAACUUCGUUACAGACAGCUGACUCAGGAGUAUCAGGCACUACAGCGAGCAUACGCUCUACUGACGGAGACGGCAGGAGGAAACUUCGACGCAGAAAAGGAGAUCAAGACCAGAGAGCAGCUGCUUGCUGAAAUUAGUCGAUACCAAAGGAGGAUUGCAGACCUGGAGUCAGCGCUGAAACAACAAGGACUGGACAUGAUGUGGGUGGAGGAGAAGCAGGCCUUGUAUCAAAGGAACCAGGAGCUGGUGGAGAAGCUGAAGCAGAUGGAAGUUGAAGAGCUGAGGCUGAAAAAUGACAUCCAAGAUGUCAAAGACCAAAAUGAGUUGCUGGAGUUUCGAAUCUUAGAGUUGGAGGAGCGGGAACGACGAUCACCUGGCAUGAACUUUCACCAAAUCCAUUUCCCAGAAGGCCUGAGUCCUCUUCAGAUCUACUGUGAAGCAGAGGGAGUCACUGACAUUGUGAUCAGUGAGCUGAUGAAGAAGUUGGACAUUCUGGGAGAUAACGCCGUAAGUAAUCUAUCCAAUGAGGAACAAGUGGUGGUGAUCCAUGCCAGGACAGUGCUCACGCUGGCUGAAAAGUGGUUGGAGUCCAUUGAAAUGAUGAAGUCUUCACUGGAGCAGAAGAUGCUCGACAUUGAGAGUGAAAAGGAUCUUUUCAGUAAACAGAAGGGUUACCUAGAUGAAGAGCUUGACUACAGGAAACAGUCUAUGGACCAAGCUCAUAAGAGGAUCCUGGAACUGGAGGCCAUGUUGUUUAAUGCUCUUCAACAGGAUGAGGGAUUAAAAUUGGAGCAGGGACACCUGUCAGAGAUGCUGACAGACGAAGAGAGGGAGGAGCUUAGGAAAGCAAUGGACCAAUGGAGAAGAACAGUAAUGUGUGAGCUGAGAGAGCGAGAUGUCCAGAUUCUCAGAGAGAGAAUGGAAAUUCUGCAGCUCACACAACAGAGAAACAAGGAGCUGGAAGAAUUUAUCGAAGCACAGAAGCGACAGAUCAAAGAGCUGGAGGAAAAGUUUCUGUUUCUAUUUCUGUUCUUCUCUUUGGCCUUCAUCCUCUGGUCCUAACGGCAGCUGGUCCUGGGCUGAUGGACCUGUCACUUUCACUGGACCAUGUCGGAAAGGAGGAUCUCUCAGGAGGAGGACUCUGCCUCCUUGCUGUCCAAACUAGGGUCUGACUCGCCCCGGCCGAGGAUGAAGUACGGCGGGAUGUUUUGCAGUGUUGAAGGGGCAUUUGAGAACAAAACAUUGAACUUUGAAUCCUUCAACACUUGGACGCAGCGUCACAGUAGCUGUAAGACUCGAACAGCGAGCUGCGCCCGCUCGGACAGCAGUGUCGGAGGAGGCGGCCACACGGUGGUUUUUCCCUCUGGACAGACCUGGAAAAACUAUGACAAGAGAGAGGUACAAAAAUAUAUAUAUAUAUUUUUUUUUUUUGAAAACUUUGUGUUUGGACACUGAUAAAGUAUUACUGAGUUUACAAUAAUAAUAAUAAAAAAA